UCAUCAGCCUGAGGUAAAACCAAGGAAGGAGACCUCCUGGAACCCACAUCUGGGCACUUGAAGGAGCUGACAGCGACAGGAAACAAUGUUGAAGAGAAGUGGGCUGAGGAAGGAGCCCUCUGGAGACCAGCUAAUGAGCAGAUUCCAGUCUGAUGUCACCUCAACCACCACAACCCUUGAUGCUCAACCCAUGAACCAAUUGCUGACUCAUCAGGCGCAGAAAUCAUGGAUAGAAAGAGCAUUUUACAAGAGAGAAUGUGUUCAUAUCAUACCCAGCACCAAAGACCCCCAUAGGUGUUGCUGUGGGCGUCUAACAGGUCAACACAUUGGACAGCCUCCAAGCGCCUCCGUUACUCAGAAUGAGAAAAAUGAAACCAGGCUUGCUCGCAAUGACAUCCAGUCGGAGAAGUGGUCCAUCAGCAAGCACACGCAGCUCAGCCCGACGGACGCUUUUGGAACCAUUGAGUUCCAAGGAGGAGGCCACUCCAAUAAAGCCAUGUAUGUACGUGUGUCUUUUGACACAAAGCCUGACCUUCUUCUGCAUCUGAUGACCAAAGAGUGGCAACUUGAGCUCCCCAAGCUUCUCAUCUCUGUGCAUGGGGGCCUUCAGAAUUUUGAACUUCAGCCAAAACUCAAACAAGUCUUUGGAAAAGGACUUAUUAAGGCUGCAAUGACAACUGGAGCAUGGAUAUUCACUGGAGGAGUAAACACAGGGGUCAUUCGGCAUGUUGGAGAUGCCCUGAAAGACCAUGCCUCAAAAUCUCGAGGGAAGAUCUGCACCAUCGGUAUAGCACCCUGGGGGAUUGUGGAAAAUCAAGAGGAUCUGAUUGGCAAAGAUGUGGUCCGACCAUACCAGACGAUGUCCAAUCCCAUGAGCAAGCUGACAGUGCUCAAUAGCAUGCAUUCUCAUUUUAUUUUGGCUGACAAUGGUACUACUGGUAAAUAUGGAGCAGAGGUAAAGCUUCGUAGACACCUGGAAAAGCACAUUUCACUUCAGAAGAUAAAUACAAGAAUUGGCCAAGGGGUUCCAGUGGUGGCCCUUAUUGUGGAAGGAGGUCCCAAUGUCAUCUCCAUUGUUCUGGAAUACCUGCGUGACACUCCUCCUGUUCCUGUUGUGAUAUGUGAUGGCAGUGGCCGAGCAUCUGACAUCCUUGCCUUUGGCCACAAAUAUUCUGAAGAAGGAGGACUUAUCAACGAGUCUUUGAGGGACCAGUUGCUAGUUACCAUCCAGAAGACUUUCACAUACACCCGAACCCAGGCACAGCACCUCUUCAUUAUCCUCAUGGAGUGCAUGAAGAAGAAGGAGCUGAUCACAGUUUUUCGAAUGGGAUCAGAAGGACACCAGGAUAUUGAUUUAGCUAUCCUGACAGCACUACUAAAAGGAGCUAACGCAUCUGCCCCCGACCAGCUGAGCCUGGCACUAGCCUGGAACAGAGUAGACAUCGCCCGCAGUCAAAUCUUUAUUUAUGGGCAGCAGUGGCCGGUGGGCUCCCUUGAGCAAGCAAUGCUGGAUGCGCUGGUAUUGGACAGAGUGGAUUUUGUGAAAUUACUCAUAGAAAAUGGAGUAAGCAUGCAUCGUUUUCUCACCAUCUCCCGGCUAGAGGAAUUGUACAAUACGAGACACGGACCAUCCAACACUCUGCAUCAUCUAGUCAGGGACGUGAAAAAGGGAAACUUACCUCCUGAUUACCGGAUAAGUUUGAUUGAUAUUGGAUUGGUGAUAGAGUAUCUGAUGGGAGGAGCGUAUCGCUGCAAUUACACCCGAAAGCGGUUCAGAACACUGUACCACAAUUUGUUCGGGCCCAAGAGGCCAAAAGCUCUGAAGCUGUUGGGAAUGGAGGAUGAUGUCCCUUUGCGUCGAGGGAGAAAACCAACAAAGAAAAAAGAAGAAGAAGUUGAUAUUGAUAUGGAUGAUCCUGAGAUCAAUCACUUUCCCUUCCCAUUCCACGAGCUGAUGGUGUGGGCUGUGCUGAUGAAACGUCAGAAGAUGGCCCUUUUCUUUUGGCAACAUGGGGAAGAGGCUAUGGCUAAAGCUCUGGUGGCCUGCAAACUCUGCAAAGCCAUGGCCCACGAAGCAUCAGAAAAUGACAUGGUGGAUGACAUAUCCCAAGAGCUGAACCAUAAUUCCAGGGACUUCGGCCAGCUGGCGGUCGAGCUCUUGGACCAGUCAUACAAGCAGGACGAGCAGCUGGCAAUGAAGCUGCUGACCUAUGAGCUGAAGAACUGGAGCAACGCCACGUGCCUGCAGCUUGCAGUGGCAGCCAAGCACAGGGACUUCAUCGCUCACACUUGCAGCCAGAUGCUGCUCACUGACAUGUGGAUGGGUCGUCUCCGGAUGCGAAAAAAUUCUGGCCUAAAGGUAAUUCUAGGAAUUCUACUUCCUCCUUCAAUCCUCAGCUUGGAGUUCAAGAACAAAGAUGAUAUGCCCUACAUGACCCAGGCCAAUGAGAUACAUCUUCAAGAAAAAGAUCCAGAGGAACCAGAGAAGCCAGUGAAAGAAAAAGAUGAGGAAGACAUGGAACUCACUGCAAUGCUUGGACGGGGCAAUGGAGAGUCCUCAAGAAAGAAGGAGGAUGAGGAAGUUCAGAGCAGGCACAGAAUGAUCCCCAUUGGAAGAAAGAUUUAUGAGUUCUACAAUGCUCCUAUCGUGAAGUUUUGGUUUUACACUCUGGCAUACAUAGGCUACUUGAUGCUGUUCAACUACAUUGUGUUGGUGAAGAUGGAUCGCUGGCCAUCUAUUCAGGAGUGGAUUGUCAUCUCAUACAUUUUCACUCUGGGAAUAGAGAAGAUGAGAGAGAUCCUCAUGUCAGAGCCUGGGAAACUGCUGCAAAAAGUCAAAGUUUGGCUCCAGGAGUACUGGAAUGUUACCGACCUCAUAGCUAUCCUCCUGUUCUCCGUUGGGAUGGUUCUCCGUCUGCAAGACCUGCCUCUCCGGAGCGACGGACGCGUCAUCUACUGCGUCAACAUCAUCUACUGGUACAUCCGGCUGCUGGACAUCUUCGGCGUGAACAAGUACCUGGGGCCCUACGUCAUGAUGAUCGGGAAAAUGAUGAUAGACAUGAUGUACUUUGUCAUCAUCAUGUUGGUGGUUCUGAUGAGCUUUGGUGUGGCAAGACAGGCAAUUCUCUUCCCCAAUGAGGAGCCUUCAUGGAAGCUGGCGAAAAACAUUUUUUACAUGCCUUACUGGAUGAUCUAUGGGGAAGUGUUUGCAGACCAGAUAGACCCACCUUGUGGUCAAAAUGAAACCAGAGAAGACGGCAAAAUUAUCCAGCUACCUCCCUGCAAGACAGGAGCAUGGAUUGUUCCUGCCAUCAUGGCCUGCUACCUCUUGGUAGCAAACAUCCUUUUGGUGAAUCUUCUCAUUGCAGUUUUCAACAACACGUUUUUUGAAGUCAAAUCUAUAUCGAACCAAGUUUGGAAGUUUCAAAGGUACCAGCUCAUCAUGACAUUCCACGAAAGACCUGUUCUCCCACCACCUCUGAUCAUUUUCAGCCACAUGACGAUGAUAUUUCAACACCUCUGCUGCAGAUGGAGGAAGCAUGAAAGUGACCCUGAUGAGAGAGACUAUGGAUUGAAACUUUUCAUUACUGAGGAUGAAUUGAAAAAGGUCCAUGAUUUUGAAGAGCAGUGCAUAGAAGAGUAUUUCAGAGAAAAGGAUGACAGAUUCAACUCCUCCAAUGAUGAAAGAAUCCGUGUCACUUCAGAAAGGGUGGAGAACAUGGCCAUGCGACUGGAAGAAGUGAAUGAGAGAGAGCACUGCAUGAAGGCCUCUCUGCAGACUGUUGACAUCAGGCUUGCUCAGCUGGAAGACAUGAUGGGACGAAUGGUGACUGCCUUAGAAAAGAUGGCUGGCAUUGAGAGAGGUGAGACAACAAAGAUCCGAUCCAGGACCUCAUCUGACUGUACUGAUACAGCUUACAUCGUGAGGCAGAGUAGCUUCAACAGUCAGGAAGGAAAUGCCUACAAGCUUCAAGAGAGCAUUGAUCCCACAGGAGAGGAGUCCAUGUCCCCAACGUCACCUACAAUCACACCCCGCUUGCGAAGCCACUCCUUCUAUGCAGCAAAUAUGAAGGACAAGUGUGGGUUGGAAAAGUUGGAAAGCAUUUUUAAGGAAAGAUCGCCAAGCCUGCAUCGGGCAAUCAGUUCCCACUCAAUAGCAAAGGAAGGAAAGGCUCCUUUACCCCCUACCAGCACUUUGUCAAUCGCCCCAGACUCCAGAAGACCUUCGUCUUGUAUAGACAUCUACGUUUCUGCCAUGGAUGAGAUGCAUUCUGACACAGAACCUCUCGAGAGCUCCAUAAAUAUUCUUGGUCCUGAAGAUGCAGCUCUGCCAGCUCACAUAGCCUCUUCCCUUUUAACUAAUAGUGCAUACAUCAGCAGUACAGCUGGUGAAAAGAUCUCUGGCAGGAGUCUUGAUUAUGAGGAAACUUCUGGAAUAGAAACAAGAGCAUUUUCUUCAGACUAUUCACAAAUCACAGACUGCCAAAUCCCAUGGGAUUCAGACCCUCCCUUAUAUCAUACUUUAGAGCGAUCCAAAAGCAGUCGUUACCUGGCUACUACUCCAUUUAUUCUGGAGGAAACACCAAUUGUGAAAUCCCAUAGCUUCAUGUUCUCUCCUUCUCGAAGCUACUUCAGUAGCCUUGGUGUCCCAGUCAAAACAGCAGAGUACACAAGUAUUACAGACUGCAUAGACACGAGGUGUGUGAGCGCUCCCCAGGCCAUUGCAGAGAGGGCCAGUUUCCCUGGGAGUCUCAGGGGCAAAGUGGAAGACUUGGGAUGCUGCCACCCAGAGAGAGAAGCUGAACUAACCCACCCAAGCUCUGAUCAUGAGGAUAUUGAGGUCAAAGACAAGAAGGGAAUCCCCUUAUCUCCUCAAGACAGCAGUGCUACAACAACUCUGCCCAACAGCAUCCCACUCCCAAAAAUAGAGCGAGCCAACAGCUACUCUGCAGAGGAGUCCAACGUGUUGUACGUGCAGCACACACGGAAGAGCUACUCCAUCAGUGACAAACUUGACAGGCAGCGAAACACAGCAGGCCUACGGAACCCCCUGGAGAGGAGCAAGUCCUCCAGGUCAGAGAGCAGAGGGGAUAACCUGUCCAUGAGGAGACUGUCAAGAACUGGAGCUUUCUGCAGCUUUGAAAGCAAGCACAGCUAGGCUUAUACAAAGCUCACCAGCAGUCUAAGGGUCAACUGCUGCUCAGUCUGUUUUUCUUAGCAGAAUUUUUAAAAAACCCUCACAUCACCCCACGCUGAGUCCAAUUGGCAUUAGCCACAGGUCAAGGGAGCACAUUUUCAAUCUCAGCAUCACCACUGACGUACUCCAUCUUGACCCAGCUGACAUUUGCACUUAAGAAAAAAUGGAGGGAUGAAAGCUUUACAAAACCUUCAGUAAACAAGAGGAAUAACAAGCCCCCUUAAUGAAGUCACAUGACAUAGAUAAAUAGCUCCAGAUAUCUGCCUCUUAUUAGAGGGCAUCUUAAGACCUUUUAUCAUUAUUCAAGUUUUUAAGAUGCAGGAAUUAAUUGGCAAAAAAAGAGAUGUACAAAUUUGAUGUUCCAAACUUCAAUCACAACUUAUUUUUCAUCUAUGUCACCAUUGUGAUGACUGGUGAAAAGCAUUUGUUAUUUCUAUAGGAAGUGGCAGCAAAAAACCUAAAGUCUCCCAAGUCCCUUGCAUCCCACACUUGUGGAAAUGAAGAUGAACACAGCAACAACUAUAAAUGUUCACUUAUCUCCUUUUGUAUCAACUUCUAGUGCCACAAAAAGUUUAUAUUUUCAAGAGCAGAAAGGGAAAUGAAAUGCCUUUUUUACUGCAACGUAAAUGGAAGAAGAAUUUACGUUAAAAUGUCAGGUGAUUUCCUGUGUAAAACAGGCAUUCUAGAUUCUAGCACAGGUGAGCAAGCUCAGGAUGAAUGUAAUUAAGUGGAAUAGUAUAUAUUUAUUUUUUUACCACAUUUGUCAUCAGUAUGUUGUCUCACUAAAUCAAAGGAUAUGAUGACAGUAAGAAUAAGAUGAUCAGAGCAGAGCAUAUUAAUAUGUCCAGUGUCCAGUUCUCACGGCUCAGUUUAAUUAUAUAUAUAAAUUGGGGAGAUUUAUCCACCAUGCUGCUACUGGGUUCUUCUUGCUGUUUCAUUUGAGCUGCCGUUUCUUCACAUCAUUCCCCCACCUAUAAAAUAUACACCUUUUUUUUCCUUUUUUUUUUAUGUGAACAUAGGUGUAUUUAGACUUUUUUAAUUAUACAGGAUUUAUCAAGGAGUCUGAAUCCAGAUUCAUGUAAUUAGACUGAAGCUGCUUAAAGGAAAGUAUUUUUGGCAGAGGACUGGAAAACACUAAAAUUUCUAUAUGCUUCUAAGGUAAGUAAAAGAACCAAAGUGAAACUGCAAGUGUGUGUAAACAGCAAAAGCCAUCAGUUGUGAGUAGGCAUCCACCGUUCAUCAGCAUAUCACACAGGGAGCACUUUUAGUAGGAGAAAAUCUGUCUGAACGGUAGUGCACUUACGGGUUUUGGUUGAAGACAAGUGUAACUCCACUGACUCCACCCACAUUCCAAGGGCCCACAUUGUCAACAAGAGUUUCAAAGUUCUCAUGAGACAGUGUCCAGUGGUCACAGGUGGAAGGGUAUACAGAAGACUGGAGAAGGGUGGAGAAGCAUAAGCUGCAACUGGAAAAACAAUUCAAUUCCUUUAUGACAGCACAACUUUUAAGCUUUUAAAAAGUUGACACUAAUGCUAUCAGAAGUUAAAAUAUCUCAACAGUUACCAGUAUCAGAACCAGCUCCUUUUUGUUAUUAAAAAUGAACACUUGUGAGUGGGGUAUAUAUUUCACAUUAUUUAAAUUGAAUUACCUUUCAAAGGCAGCUUUGAGAAUACAAGCUGAUGUUUUCUCACUGGGUCCUCACCCUGAGAGACUCUGAGCAGCAUCUGAGAGUUAAGUCCAAAAGGCAACUGAUCCAGAAAAAAAAAUCAUCAGCCUCAAGAAAAGAGGCAAAGAAGGUGAAAAUAUUUAGUUAACAAGUCACUGUGUUGGAAGUUUGGGAAACAAGGAAAUGCAGCAAGGGGAUGUUAAGACAAAUGUGUUUCACACUUCCUGCACCAACGUGUUCCUUCCUUUCUUCUGUUUGAUCAGGCUUUCAGUGAGCUAAACUCCACCAAGACACCAUGUUUAUGCAAUUGCCUUGCAGGCCAUGUGCAGCACUACAAUCACAUGGCGAUACCAAGAAAGGUCGGAAACCUUUCUGUGCAUUAUGAAGCAUGCUUGUGGCAGGCUGAUUGUUGAACAAUAGCAAAAUGCCCAAGGGCGAAGGACCUUGUGUUUAACAAUAUGCUUCAAAUGUGCCAACCUUCUGUUAGCAGCCUUUUCCUAAGGCUUCUCCAAAUCUAUCUAUGGAGAGUAGAGGGGGAUAUUCUUACUUCGUUUUGUUACUUUUAUGAAUGUCUGCUAAAACUGUUGUGGACUCUUUCAUCUUCAUUGUAUUAGUGGUCUACUCAAGAGGAAUUUCAGAUUCAUUAGAAAUUACUAGACAGCGGUUAGUGAAUUAGGCAUAGGGCUCUCCUCUGGGGUAGAUUCCAUUGGUUAGUUUGUCAGGGUAAAGAAAUUUGCCAAGCCUAGAAGCUGUAUAAAUAUUUAGGAUACAGCACCUUAUUGAUCUGGAGUACACAUUCCAGGUAAAAUGAAACAGAACACUUUAUUUACCUCUUUAAAGUUGCCAUUAUAUAUAAAAUGUAAAUUCAGAUGAUAAAAGUGUGAUUGCAAGAGAUCAGAACACUACUGUUCCGGAAUGUUUCCUAUUUAUGCUACAAUGUGGUGUCUAUAGAAUAUAUUAUGAUGGAUGUUAGAUUAUUUUAUUUUCACCUGUUUUUUAUGCAUUGCAUCAAACAGCUCCUUUUUGAAUUUGAUGAUAAAACAUUCUCGUUUCUUGCAAUGGGACCAGACUUCCCAUUCUCAAUAUUAUGACCAUUUAAUGAGAUAGAAGUUUCAUCAUCCAUCAUUAUGUAGCUAUAGCAUGUGCCAUAUGAUGUAUUCUGUAUCAAAGGAUAGCUUAUGAAAUAGACACAUUAUGUAGUUGUGACAUGUGGUAAUAUUAGUGAACGUUACAGGACAGUUUCAAUAUCUCAUUACAUGGUCUUGUUUGUAAAUCUGUAACAUUCAAUAAAAUAGCACAUGUUGCAUCAAACAUUAAGUUCCACUAUCCAAUUAUUAGCUUACGUAUGGAAUAUGCAUUUCUGGUCACAGUGUGUAAGUUUGGUAUGUUUCGCACAUUUCUUUGUAUAGCUCCACUUUAAUGUCUUUAUGAGCUGAUGUAUAAACCUCUAAUGAGCCACUAUGGGCUGUGGCAGAUGAGUUGUCAUGGUGUGAAAGACAAACGGGCAUGUUAUGCAAAAGAUUAUAAGAUAUAUGAACUUUAAUAAUAUUUUAAAACUCAACUGAGCUUAGCUGUUUGUUUACAUAUGCUGGUUGACUGAGGAAGCAGUGUGCAGUAUUUUAUAAAUAUUUUCCUAUAGUAAUCCAUUCUGUUGUUUCCAGUUUAAGUGAUUCUAUUCUACAGUUGGGGUAUACACUUGUCCUAGGUAUUGUAUAAUAGCACAUUAUUCUUUCACAAUAACAGUGUGAUAUGACUGAAGUAGUUUCUCUUCCUUAAAGUCCAGUCUUUUUUUGUGUCAAAGAAAAUGCAUGCAUUGUUCCAUGAGUUUCUUUGGACUGCUAGGAGACAUUUUGCUAUUGCCUGCCUGUAAAGAUGAAUCCAGUUAGGAAUGAAUUCAAACUUUUGGAUGUUUACAUUAUUUCCAUUAUUUUUGAUCUUUAGCAAAGUAAGUGAUUUUUUUAUUAUUUUUAAAAGACAGUUGUAUUUUAUGAAAUUUGAAUACUCAACACAAAAUACGAACCUACAGCAGUGCUCAGACAUUUGGCUCUCUUUUUUUUGGAAGAGAUCAGGUGCUACACUAUUUUCUUAGCACAAGUGCCAGUUAACAAAUGGCAGUGAGGGGAUAAUUUGAAAAUAUAAUGAAAAACCAAAACAUCCAUUCAUCUACAUACAGAAAUCCCUCUGGGUUCCAGACAUAGAUUACCUUUUUUUGUUUGUUUUUUGGGGGCUUUUUUGUUUGUUUUUUUUUUUUUUUUAAUUUUCCAUUUAUAGAUUUUUUGGUAAAAAAAAAACAACAAAACUGAUUUGUACCUUUUGCGGAAAGGAUAGCCUUUUGUCAGGGGAUAAAUAUCUUAGUUAGGUAUAUAUUUUGUAUGAGAAGAAAACAAUCUGUUUCUUAGAAAACAGUCAGUGCAUGGAAAAUGCAACUACAUGAAUAACUGCUCAAAAAAAAAAAAGUGCUGGUAGCAGCACACAGCCUUAGUCCAAUGACUGCAGUGGGCGUAAGCCAGUAUCUGUCCUGAGAGCAGAAGUUAUCAAAGGUAUUAGAGUGAGCCAGUGAAACAAAAUUCUCUGUAAAGUCAUGGUGCAGAUUUUCAAAACAAGCAUAACUGUCUGAUUAUAUUGCUCAGGUUAAACACUGAAGAGGAUCUGAUAAUCACCCAAAAGGAAAGUGUGAGAUGGUUUUUCCUGGAUUUCCCUUGGAACACUUAAGUAGUUGUGAUGUCUUCCCCUGCUUAAAAAUGAUAAUAUAUUUGCAUUUUUUGCACAAAUUUGCAUAUUUGGUUCAACAAAAGCCACAUUUUCAUUUUUGUUGAGAGAUACUAGGUAUAGAUCAUCUUCAAAAAAAAUUGGUUAAGAUUCCUAGCAUUAAUUUUCCCUUCAACCACCUUAGAUAAAAUCACAGUCCAAACUGGGACGAGAAGUGAAAUAUUGGAUGGAAUUCAUUGUCCUUGCCAUGCAUUGGCAUAGGAGCAGUAGUAUUGGAUGCAGAGGGACUUUGUUUCUGCACCCUGAUUUUUAGCCAGUCAUACAGUUCAUACAGAACACUGCAAGUCACAUAGGCUUCUCUUCUCCAUGAUUGACUACAAUUACGGUCUUACUGAUGCUGGUGCAAAUCUGCAGAAAAUCCACUGAUUUCAGUGGCAUACUCUGGCUUCUGUCAGGAGAUGGAUUUAUUCUGCAUUUCUAACUCAAUAUUACUUUGAGUCAUGGCAUGCAUUACACUAUAUCAUCUUCAAGUUGGAGGUCUGAUGAUGGAGCCAUUGAGCCAGCCUGGUUGUGAAACAGUCUCUGACCUUUUAAUUUUUGCUAUAUGCUUUCAGGUAAUUCAUAGAGCCAUACAAUACUUAUUUCAAAAGGCUGUUAGGUAAAAACAUUUGAUUAUUAAAUUGCUGCUGUUUCUGCUGCAGGGAAGUGAUAGCUCUUGUUUAUUUUAAUAUCUGGGAGGGAAAGGGAAGGGACAGAAGAGGGAAUUGGAUGUGAAAUACAGUUGUGCAGGCCUGCACAAGAGUAAAUUGUAUUACAGUUAUAUCUUUUUUCCACCACUGCAGUUGUUGUACAUGACAAGAGUCUAUUUGCUGCUACUGCUGUCUGGAACAGUGUUUGCAAUAUUCUCUACUAAUAGCUAUUUAAUGACUUAUUAUUUGGGCUAUCAUUUGUAAGUGCAUAACAAUCAUUUAUAAAGGGAUAAAAAUUACUAAAAUGUUAUUUUAAACAAAUUCCUACUAAUACAAAGCUUUUCAAGUCUGAUUUGUCUAAAUGUACAUAACUAGGGAAAAUGGUCCUUUCCAAAGGUCUACUGGAUUCACAAUGCACUUUUAGACUGUGUUUAGAUGCGUAAUAAAAAGCAGAAGUUGGCAAUUACUACAGUAGAACUUUCUGAAAUUUCUGUAACAAUUGUUUUGCAAUAAAAAAAAGAUAUGUAGAUCAAAA